CGGCCCCGCCAUGGCGGCGGAGGAGCGCGGGCGCUGCCCCGGCUGCGGCUCCCGGGCGCUGGUGCAGGACGCGCACUACGCGCAGCAGCAGCUGGUCUGUGCCGCCUGCGGCUGCGUCCUGGCCGAGGGGCUGCUCACCACCACCUACAGCGACGAGGAGCAGCUGCGCGAGGUCGCCUAUUCGCAGAGCACUGGCCAGAGAGAGCAGCUGAGCCGCUGCCUGCAGCGAGGGAUCAGGCGCGUGCAGGAUCUCUGCAAAGUCCUCCAGCUCCCAACAGUGUUUGAGGAGACAGCAGUGUCAUACUUCCAGAGGGCUCUGCAGCACCCCUCCUUCCACCUGGUCAGCCUGGAGAAGAAGGAGCUCCUGGGGGGCUGCUGUGUCUUUGUGACCUGUCGCCAGCACAACUGGCCCCUGACCAUGGGGACCAUCUGCUCCCUCCUGUACGCCAAGCAGGAGCUGUUUGCCGGCGUCUACCUGAGCCUGCAGAAGGAGCUGGAGCUGUGUGUGCCGGCCCUGAGCCUGGGGGAUCUGCUCAGGACACACCUCGACAGCUGCCGCCUGUUCCAGCCCUCGCCCGACGUCCCGGCUCCCUUUGUGGAGGACAAGGAGAAGCUGCUGAGCCGUGCCCUGCAGGUGCUGGAACUGGCCAGCGAGACGUGGCUGGUGACGGGGCGGCAGCCGGUGCCGGUGCUGACGGCUGCGGCAUUCCUGGCGUGGCAGUCGCUGCGGCCCGGCGCCCGCCUGCCCUGCGCCCUGCGCCGCUUCUGCCGCCUGGCAGGGCUGGCCCUGCCUCCCCCUGCCCGCCUCCGCCUCGGAGAGCUGCUGGAUGUCCUGCUCAGGAUGGCUUCCCAGCUCGCCUGGCUCAGGGUGUUUGAGCUGGACAAGAGAACGGUCGUCAAACACCUGGAGGACCUGCUGCAGCAUCGCAUCUUCCUGCUGAAAAAAGCCUUCUGCAGCCAGGGGGAGGAGGGUGGCACGGCCCCGGGAGAGGGCUGCCCUGGCCCUUCAGCUGCAGGGCAGGGGGACAGCGAAAAGCAGCAGCCUGAGGGUGCCAAGAGGCCCUUGUUGCCCCCCUGCGUGCUCAAGCCCAGGAAGAGGCUGCGGACGCCGAGCGCGCCGGGCCCCAGCGUCACCGGCGACGAGCCCAUCUCCGACAGCGAGAUCGAGGGCUACCUGCGCAGCCCUGCCGAGAUCCAGCACUUCAAGAAGGCCAAGGGCUGGUCCUGAAGGGGCCUGUGGCCCAGAGGCCGCUGCUGCCAGACACAGAGGCGCCACGGACUGUGGCACCCACCCAGUGCCAGAGCCACCCCCCGCUGCAGGGCUGCGAGGAGGCAGCAGGCACCUACUUCACAUCCUGAACCAAAAGGAGACUUUUUAUGGUGUAACUGCUCUGGGUUAUGUUCUGCUUUUGAUAGAAAUAAAUCUCUCUGGACUCUGUCUCCCUGCAGCCUCCUGCCAAGGGUGCUUUGGUGAGUCCCAGCCCUGUGAGGUGACUGGUGAGCCCGUGCCUGGGCUGGCAGGGUGAUGCCCUGGGGCUUGGCAGUGAGCUGAGGGCUCCAACCUCAGCUUUUCCAACCAAAGUGAUUCUGGUUCUAUCUGAACACAGAGCCUGCAAGAAACAACAGUAGGUCUGGGCAGACUGGCAAGUCUUUAAUAUAUUAAACACCAGAUAUUUGCUGGAAACA